GGUCGGGUUAUUACUUUGUUUUGCUUUUGAGGGGUUGCCAACCCUUGUUGGUAGCAAUUGUUUUUGUGUACAGAUCUCGGAGCCUAGGCUGCUAUGGUGGAUUUUCAUGAUUUAAAGGGAUGUAAUCAUGGGUUUCAUAAGGGUUUAUAAUAUUGCAUGGGUUUUCAUGGUUUAGAAGAAUGUAGUCAUGAGUGUCAUAAGUUUUUAUGUCACUGCAUGUGCUGUGAGCAGGGUGAGGUCAUUGUAUCUUGUGUAGGCCAGACCAACUAUCAGAGGAGUGGGGUGAGUGGAAAAGUACUGGGGAUACCUGGAUGAGAGCAUCUCCUUACAUGGUCAAGGGAAGGGGAUGUUAUCCAGCUGGUGAGCACCGGACAGGACAGGGAGUAGGAGGCCGCUGUGUCUUAUGAUUUAGGGCCUGUCCAGCUAGGAAGAGAAUCAGAUAAGAAGGCCCUAUUUCCCCAAACUGGAAAGAGCCAGAAAACCUCUAUUUUACAUAUGUUUCCUAUGCAUUAGACAGGUUUGCAUAUAGUUUUAUGCAUGGUGGGAAGAUGGUUUCCACCAAUGUAAGCGACCCUGCUUAAUGCUGAUUGGUGAAAGGUGUUUUUGGGGAUGACGUGAGAGGGUGGCACUUCUCGAGGGCCAAGGGGUAUAAAAUAUAGUGUAUAGCCCUCCGUAGGCAGAUUUUGUCGGGGGCCCCAGCUGAUGACAUCUCCUCCCUAUUGCUUUGAUGGUUGGUCUGGACUUUGGUUAGGCUGUACUAUCAUUGCAAUAUGGAGAAUAAAGAUCAACAGUCUUCAGAAAGUCUUCUGUCUACAUUGUCUCCUUCGGAUGCCUUGUUCCAGAGUGCUAAAUUACUAAAUAGUCAAGUGGUAAUUGUUAAUUGGCAAAUUGGAUUCGGAAGUGGACAUUUUCCAUGACACUGCCUACAGAGACGUGUUUUUUUGAUGGCCUGCUUAUGGGGCAGGCAGCUAGUAGAUUGUUAGGAAAGAUUAGAUGAAUGUGAUAAUUUAUGUUUGGGUCUUUUUUGGGCCUGAAAUCGCUGAUACAACCUUUAAUAACCGGUUCCCCUUGCUAAAUCUCAAGGAGACAGCUUGAUAACAUGAAAUACUAUGGUGAUUCAAGACUGGACAUGCUAAUACACCACAAAACAACAAGGCGACACAAAGUCCCUAGCAGUACUGGGCAAAAGAGAAAAGAGAAAAUUCAGGAGCUGGAAGAGAAACUAAAACAAGUCACCAAAGAAUGUAACAAAUACAAAAAGAGAUAUUUCCGACUCCUAAAGCAACAGAAACUGCAAACAACCAAUGUUGAAAAUGUUAGCCCAGGGGAUGCAGACACAAGAAGAAUGCUUCAAGGCUUACCCCUUUCAAACUGUCCUCCCCCUAGAGAGCAUGCAUUACAGGACUGGACAAGUCAAGGACAGGCCGUGACUGUGGGUGUCAACCCUCAACAGCCACUCAUCAGUGAACACCAGUCUUUGGAAGAGGAUCCUCACCUUGUGCGUAUCAAAGAAGAGGGACCUACAGAUGAGUUUUGGAGCCAAGAAGCAGGGCCUGUGAGAUUUGACACCACUGUUGCGGAGAACACAAGAGAACACCUGCAACUCUCUCAAGAGCCUGUGCAGUUCAGGGAGCUGGAGCUGAAGGCUGAGCCGCAGGAGGUGCGGGUGGCUCAGGGGGACUCCAUGGAGCACAAGCAGACCCAUAGCAGUGCCGAGGAUUCGCGGUGGACCCCCCUCACCAAAGAGGAGGAAGUAGGCGCCCGUGAGGAGGCCGAGCACUUGCUGCCAUUCCUGCCCCAGGUGGAGCAGGCGUUUGGCUACUUCCACUCCAACCCCAUCAGCCCCGAGCAUCAGCCAGAGGCGCCCCUCACGCCCCCAUUGCCUCUAGGGCCAGGGACCAGCAAAGCAUUCAGUGUUUCCAUGGGAACCAACAUGGCUUACGUGGCACCACCGAUGCCGCGCCAGGGCCGGGGCAUGGCCAGGAGGCCGAUUGUCUGCCCGGUGUGCCAGAAGCACCUGCUGGCUCCGUCGGAGCUGACCAAGCACAUGCGCUCGCACACGGGUGAGCGGCCGUACGCCUGCGGGAUCUGCGGGGUGCACUUUGCGCAGAAGAGCAGCCUGAAGACGCACGAGAGGCUGCACAGCGGCCUGCGGCCCUACCGCUGUUCCCACUGCGGCAAGGACUACACCCUCAGUCACCACCUCAAGCGACACAUGCGCUCACACUUCAGGGAGUGUGGUGGAGCCAGCCAGCCAAACAUGCAGUUGCAGGGACCUUAGGGGUUGAGUUAAAACCAUUUUUUUCCCUCAGUGAUUAACAUGCUUUUUAUUUCAGCGGCUGGAUUUUAAGUUUUGGUGUCUUGAUAUGUCAUAUUUGCAUAAAGACUUAAAAGAGUAAUAAAUGUGAAAAUUGU